CUAAAAAAUUAUAGAAUUAUCGGUUACAAAAUCGUAAAUUGAAUAAUUUUCAUAACUCGAAAUAGAAUUAUCAAUCAGUCUUUAAAAAAAAAGAACACCGAGGGAAAGAAAGUUGCUACUUGUGGAUUUUGAAUUGACAACAUUUUUCUUCAAACCAAAAAGAAAGGCUUAUCUAAUUAAGAAUAACAGGCCCAAACGAGCCCAAAUUAAACAGGCCCAGAACCAUUUCCACCAGCUGCAAGAAGAAGAAGAAGCAGCUUCGAAUCGAAUCCUCAGGAACUGAGCUAAGCUAAAACAGAGAGAAACUCAAAACCCUAAUCCAAUCCCGCCAAUGGCCAAUCUCCGAGGAGUCCUAACCAACGUCUCUUCCUACUGUCAACGCUCCUUCUCUCAACCAGCUCUGCUAUGGCGAUCCGCGGUCAAACCUCCGAUCCAAUCCAGACACAUCUCCACAACUCUCGCGAAACAGGCGUCGAAACACAGCGGAACGGAGCAAGGCGUGAAGCGAAACAGCGCAGAUCACAGACGUAGACUGCUCGCGGCGAGAUUCGAGCUGAGAAGGAAGCUCUACAAAGCGUUUUGCAAAGAUCCGGAGCUUCCCAGCGAAAUGAGAGAGAAGAAUCGUUACAAGCUGUCGAAGCUGCCGAGGAACAGUGCGUUUACGAGGAUAAGGAACAGGUGCGUGUUCACUGGUCGGUCUAGGUCCGUGACGGAGCUGUUUCGGAUGUCGAGGAUCUGUUUCCGUGGGUUGGCGAAUAAAGGGGAGUUGAUGGGUAUAAAGAAGUCGUCUUGGUAAGGGGCUUUGCAAGGAAAGUGACCGAACCAUAAAGAAUCAAACAACUUUUGGCGGCUGCUAGAUUUUGAGUAGCUGUUGGUGUAAUGAUUCAUUACAAAACUUAGUUUUGCUUAUAACACAAGUGCUGCUCCUUUUUUAUUUUAUGAUCCCGUUCAAGAUUGUAGAAGUUAUUCUAGCGAUUCUCGUUGAAUAAGAUUAACACUUGUCAAGAUGUUAUUUUGUUGUAAUUUUUGAUGAAUUGACUAGUAUUUUUUUUAAAAGGCA